UGAUGUGCAUUAUUGCACUAUCAAUAUGAAUGCAUUCAAGUCAAACAACAUUUUUGUCCUUAUUUAAAUAAAAAUUAUUCAAAACUGUGGAAUAUUCAUGUCAAUUAGUUUGAAUAUUGUGACAAUUUCAUUUAUUUUCCAAAGAAAAAUGUGUGUGCCUUGACUACUCUGUCAUUUGUAUCCAAAUUAGCUUUAGUGUGCAGGAAUCUUCACACUUUGCACUUCACAUUCUUAUCUGGUUUAUCUAAAGAGUGAAUUCUGUGGUUCUGAAUUGUCUGACAUAUCAGUAACACUUCUAUUAUUCAAUUUUUAACACUAUAUAUGAUACCGCAUAUCAUUUUGAAGUGUAUAUCUCCGUCUGCCGAAUGGAGAUAGAAGACAGAUGAAGAAGAGUUAAAUCCCACACUUAGAGACAAAAUAGUUUGUCACUUGUUUGAGAUAUUUUUUUCAUUUCAAAGCAAUCUUGUUAUUUUCUGUGACAAAAUUCCAUUCCAAUCCCUCAGCAGUUUCUGUAAAGAAACAAGCUUUUUGAAUGGCUUCUACAAAAGUCAAUGAUGACCAUGAGCCACAAAGAAGCUAUUGGAGAUGGAGCAAACAAGAUUUCUUUCCAGAGGAAUCCUUUCAAAGCUGGCACAACUAUGGUUCUGCUCUUUCACAAACAUGGUUAAGGUUCAAGGAUCGUGUUUCGACCAGAUCAGACGAUGCAACCGAGUCACAAGAACUUAAGAAACAAAGUGAGAAUGAAAUGAAAAAAUGUCUCAACUGGUGGGACCUGAUCUGGUUUGGCUUUGGUGCAGUGAUUGGUGCAGGAAUCUUUGUGUUAACUGGCCAAGAAGCUCAUAACCAUGCUGGUGCAGCAAUAGUCUUAUCCUAUGUAGCUUCAGGAAUUUCAGCAAUGCUUUCUGUUUUCUGUUACACAGAAUUCGCCGUCGAAGUUCCAGCUGCAGGUGGUUCAUUUGCUUACCUAAGAAUUGAAUUAGGUGAUUUUGUUGCUUUCAUAGCAGCCGGUAACAUACUUCUCGAAUGCGUGCUUGGAGGUGCAGCAGUAUCUAGAUCAUGGACUUCUUACUUCACAAGCCUUUUGAAUCGUCCGAAAGAUUCGUUUCGAAUCAAAGCACAUCAUCUCAAAGAUGGAUACAAUUUACUUGACCCUAUAGCAGUUGUUGUUCUGUUAACCGCCGGAACGAUCGCAAUGAUCAGCACAAGAAAAACUUCGCUUCUCAAUUGGAUUGCAUCGGCAAUCAACACUGCUGUAAUAAUAUUUGUAAUCAUUGCAGGGUUUCUUCACGCAGAUACAUCGAAUUUGACGCCUUUUUUACCCUACGGAGCUAGAGGUGUAUUUCAAGCAUCAGCAAUUCUUUAUUUUGCAUAUGGAGGUUUUGAAAGUCUUGCAACAAUGGCUGAAGAAACAAAAAAUCCACCAAAGGAUAUACCAAUAGGUUUGAUUGGCUCAAUGUCAGUAAUCAUAGUGAUUUAUUCUUUGAUGGCACUUUCAUUAAGCAUGAUGCAGAAAUACACAGACAUCGAUACAGGUGCGGCUUUUUCAAUUGCAUUUCAGAAAGUAGGAAUGAAUUGGGCAAAAUACGUCGUCGCUUUCGGUGCAUUGAAGGGUAUGACAACGGUUCUUUUAGUAGGAAGAUUAGGACAGGCGCGUUACAUCGUUCACAUCGCGCGCUCGCAUAUGAUUCCUCCUUGGUUUGCUCUUGUUCAUCCCAAAACAGGAACACCUAUAAACGCAACACUUCUGAUUACACUUACAAGUGCUUGCGUAGCCUUUUUCACUAGCUUGGACGUGUUAUCGAGUUUGAUAUCAGUAAGUACACUUUUCGUUUUCGUGUUGAUAUCGAUUGCGCUUCUGGUAAGGCGGUACUAUGUUAGAGGAGUUACAACGAAAGAGAAUCAGUUAAAGCUAGUUAUGUUUUUGAUUCUCAUUGUUGGUUCUUCAAUGGGAACUUCAGCUUAUUGGGGAUUGAGGCCUAAUGGUUGGAUUGGAUAUACUGUUACUGUUCCUGUUUGGUUUUUUUCGACUAUUGGGAUGUCGGUUUUUUUGACUCAACAAAGGAAACCAAGAUUUUGGGGAGUUCCACUUGUUCCAUGGCUGCCAUCUUUGUCAAUUGCAACAACUGUUUUUCUCAUGGGAUCUUUGGAAUAUGAAGCUUUUGUAAGAUUUGCAAUAUGCACUUUGGUUAUGUUGGUUUACUAUGUUUUCUUUGGUCUUCAUUCAACUUAUGAUAUGGCUCAUCAACAAGAGAAGGUGCAAAAUAUCAAUGUGAGUCACAAAGAGAGUGCUAGGAUUGAAGGGCCUUAAGAUAAUUGUAAUUUUUAUCUUCCAUAACUCAGUUUCAACUUUCAAAUGUGUGUGGAAUUCUAUGUUAUUAGUUCUUGAUUCAAUAGAUAAUGUUAAUAUUACUGAAUAUGUGAAUUAGAAGAGCAAUAAAGAAAUGUUUAGAUAUAUAGCUGAAAAUAAAUUAUGGUUUGAUGAAAUGAAUUGAUUACAGCUU